GGCGCUCAUAUAACAUUGCAAGUGGCAGCGGAAAGGCGGGCCCAUGGAUCUGGCAUCUGGUAAGUAUAUACUGGACCUUGCCGCUGCAGGUCUUCCCAAUUCUCUCCUUUGCGUCUGUUGUUCAAAGUAGACGGCGUCAUGGCAGACUCUUUCGACAUAUCACUCCUUCCAAAUGUGCUAGAGUUGCAACCAAAGGCACACCUUAUGACUGGAUUUGGUGUUGCAUUCCUCAUACUUGUCUGGACGUCAAUCAGUUUACGAGUCUAUGUUCGCAUGUUCAUGAUCCGGGCGUUUGGAUGGGAUGAUGCUAUACUUCUCAUGUCGGCAGUCACAUUCACCUCGUUCUGCGCAUGUUUAUUAGUAGAGGCCAAGUACUGCCGCGCUCCAGAAGUAGAAUCUGCAUACAUGACAGCAAAUCUCGAAGCCAUCUGGAUCGUCUUGACGAAAGCUCUUGAGUUCGUCGUCGUGUACAACGCCCUCUACAUCCUCACCACAAUCCUGUUCAAGAUCAGCUUGGCGAUAUUCUUUUUAAGGAUUGUCGUCGUAAAAUGGCAGCGCCGCCUGAUCUACACCUCGACCGGAAUCUACACUCUUUACAGCGUCAUCUUCAUCUUCCUCGUCACCUUCCGGUGUGGAAGCCCGCCCGACUUGCUCAUCAACGCCUACAAGGGAAAAUGUAUAUCGAACGGAGCGAUUAUGCCUCUGGUCUACAUUUCCGGCGCACUCAACGCCGCCGCCGAUAUUGUCUUUGCGACCCUUCCAGGUAUCAUUCUCUGGAACAGCCAUAUGCCUCGGCAAGCAAAGAUCUCAGCUGGUGUGCUUUUGAGCAUGGGCUGUCUCGGCAGCAUCGCCUCCAUCAUCCGUAUCGCAUAUCUCGGUGGGCUGUCGGUUGACGCCAGAUUCUUCAAGCAUGCCAUUGAUGCUGGACUACUCUCCGUUGUGGAGCCGGGUUUGGCAAUCACGGCUGCAUCCCUCUCAGCCUUACGACCACUUUUCAAG